GCAAUGGCGUUGGAGUUCAAGUCCUACAAAGACGACGCGUGGUACGACGCUCGAGUCGUGGCGGAGGGCCGCCGUUACCCUCGCCUCAGAAUCAAGUUCUGCAACUUCGACGACGACGAAGACGAGUGUGUCUACGCCAAGGACUUGAAGAGCCUCCAAGACGUCGGCGCACUGAGGUCCCGCUUCCGAAAAAUCUCUGGUCAGUUUCAGGACUCGGACUGUUCCCGGGUCGAACCGGGCCUGCCCGUCUGCGCUUCCCGCCGCGUCGGCGCCGAUGAACUGAAAUUCUACGACGCCGUUUUGACUGGGGUGGUGAAGAAGGAGCACCGGGUUUCGAAAGGAGGAGAGUUGGUCUGCACAUGCACCUUCAACGUAGAUUGGAUUGAUAGUGGUCAACCUGGUUCAUGCCGUGUUGAGAAGAUUUGCAGGGUGGAGGAUACUACCGACGAGGAACUGGACCCGGCUCUAAUUCUAUUUCUUCACAAGGCAAGGGAGAGAAUCAGCCGUGAACUGUGUACUCCGUGUAGGAUUUCCGGUGGAGGUGCUUAUGAUCUGAGACCUCAGCACAAGGCAAGCUUUUCUCCAACUGUGAAAUCAAUUUGUACACAAGGAAUGGGUACUGAUUCUGAUAUUAAUCCACUGAGGAAUUCUUAUGAAGUUGGUAGUGAUCACAAGAGGCGCAACAAGGAUACAAGUCAUACAACUACUCUCAGGAAACCUUUAGCUCUGAGCUACUAUGUUGAAGGAAUGAGUGGUAAUGCUUCUGAUAUGGAUGGACGAGAUGGCGUGGAUGUAGGAGGGGCUCUCUAUAUGGUAUUAAUUGAGAAUCUGGAGAAUGAAAUAUCACCAUUUACAAUUCUGGAAUUUAUACAGCAACAUGUUUCAAUCACAUGUCAAGCUUCUGUUUCACCAAGUAAGUCAAUGGAAUUGUAUACACGUGCAAUUAUCCUGUUGAACAGCAAAGAAAAUCUUGAGAAGUUAUCCAAUUUUCUGGAGAGUCCAGAUCAUGUUAUCAUUUCCUCCACCGGAAGGCCUUGGCUUAUGACUGAGAAAAGACAAUUUCCUGAGACACUACGGGCAUCAAUUCAAUCCUUCAUUAUUUUUUCUCAGACAUCAUUGGAGAGAAGAACUCUAGGUAGCAAUGAGUUGAAAGUUGUCCUUUCUGGGAAUCAGGGGUACAUGGAAGCCAAGGAGCGACAGAAAGUGGUUAAAGAGUUCACUGAACACCAAUGUGGACUUCACCGGAGAUUAGGACUUGAAGAGGGAAAGAUCUCACUCAAGUACAGGUGAAUGGCUGAAGUUUUGUAACUUGUUCAGUCACUUUGCUAUCUUAGACGCAUGGUCUGCGUCAAAAUCCAACUGUGACGAACAGAUGCAGCCACUUUUAGUGUUCUAUACUUGUGUAAAGGGGAAGAGGUCAAGGCACAUUUCUUACAUUUUAUUGUGUAAGUAGCAAGUAUAUGCGACUUAUAUAGGGGUUUGAUGUAUGCCCAGAUAAAUAUGUUCCUGCUGCCUCAGUUGGUGCAGAAUUCCAUAUAUAUGAAUAUCAGAAAGUAGUAGUUUCGU